ACGUGACAUCUACUUCGCCUCGUUUUGACAUCGCCUCUCUACAAUAUGGCGGAACAUCGUCAUCGCCUAAAAUUCAGUGUAGUUUAGUUAACUUUUCACCGUUAAACAAGCGUCGGCCAUCUAGUGAUAUAGAUUCAACAAAACAACUGUUUUAUUUAUAAUUGGAUAACUACAAAAAAAAUCAACAUUUCUAAAUAACACUUAAAAAACGUCAAAGCGUCUAAGAAAACAUUUGAAGCUUCGAAAUCGCCGCCGUACUUAAUACGUUUUUACUUGGAAUAUUAUGGCCGAUGAGAAUGACAUCAUUGGCAGUGCGUCCGAAUUUAUAACAGAUCGACUUUAUUUUGCUACCUUACGAACACGGCCCAGGUCAACGGCUCAUACACAUUAUUUCAGCGUGGAUGAUGAACUCCUCUAUGAAAAUUUUUACGCUGACUUUGGUCCGCUCAACCUUGCUAUGCUCUAUCGAUAUUGCUGUAAAUUGAAUAAGAAAUUAAAGUCAUUCUCAUUGGCUAAAAAGAAAAUUGUUCACUACACGAGUUUCGACGCAAGGAAAAGAGCUAAUGCAGCCUUUUUAAUCGGAUCCUACGCAAUUAUCUUCUUAAAAAAGACACCAGAAGAAGCAUAUAGGCCAUUAGUUUCUGGUUCGAAUCCUCCAUUUCUACCAUUCAGGGACGCUUCAUUCGGAGCUUCUACCUAUAAUCUGACUCUACUAGAUACACUACAAGGCGUUAGUAAAGCUUUGCAAAAUGGUUUCUUUAAUUUUGAAACAUUCGACGUAGAAGAAUACGAACACUACGAGAAAGUAGAGAAUGGCGAUUUCAACUGGAUACUACCGAAUAAAUUCCUUGCAUUUUGCGGUCCUCAUCCGAAGAGUAAAGUUGAAAACGGUUACCCGUUACACGCUCCUGAGGCGUAUUUUCCAUACUUUAGAAAACAUAAAGUUACUACUAUCAUACGUCUAAACAAGAAAAUAUACGACGCUAGGCAAUUCAAAGAUGCUGGAUUCGACCAUCAUGACCUAUUUUUUGUCGAUGGUUCGACUCCAUCUGAUGAAAUUCUGCAGAAAUUUCUGGAUAUUGUCGAGUCAAUACCAGACUCUAUUGCGGUACACUGCAAAGCUGGACUUGGUCGGACAGGGUCAUUGAUAGGCGCUUAUAUAAUGAAACACUAUAAACUGACCGCAGCAGAAACGAUUGCAUGGAUCCGAGUAUGCCGACCGGGAAGUAUAAUAGGACCUCAACAACACUGGCUUGAAGAGAAACAAGCUUGGUUGUGGAUGCAAGGAGAUAUCUUAAGGGCUAGAAAUCAAAAAUCCUUACAACCAGGGGUCUAUAAAAUCGCAAAAGAGGUGGAUGAUAUGCAUUUGUACGAAACAGUUAGCGAUUUAGGAUCUAUGGACGACUAUACUGGAAAGACUAGUUUAACGCAAGGAGAUCGAUUAAACGCCGUUAAGGCUCAACGCUUGAAACAAAAUCGAAAAACUCAAAGGUGA